AUGAAAAACGGAGAAGGAGGAGAAAAUGAGGAAGUGGUUUCUCUUGAAAUGCUGAGGAAGAAAAUGGAUGAUUUUGCAAAGGCUAGAGAUUGGGAGAAGUAUCAUAGCCCAAGGAAUCUCCUCCUUGCGAUGGUGGGUGAAGUGGGAGAGCUAUCAGAGAUAUUCCAAUGGAAAGGGGAAGUGGCAAAAGGACUUCCUGAUUGGAAAGAAGAAGAGAAAAUGCACCUUGGAGAAGAGCUUUCAGAUGUGUUGCUGUAUUUGGUGAGGCUUUCAGAUUCGUGUGGGGUCGAUUUAGGCAAGGCGGCUUUGCGCAAGAUUGAGCUCAAUGCCAUUAAGUACCCAGCCAUCAAACACAAUGAUCAUUGCGUUGGUGAUGCUGAACAUUCAAGUGGCAAAACUAAGUUGAAUGAAGAAAAUUAA